AUAUUGAGUUAGUAGACUUAUCGCGUAGCAGACAUUGUGAUCGCGUAUGAAUUAUUUUAAACUCGUGCUUAAUUUUCACUCUAAAUUUCAAUCAAGUUAAGAAUUGCUUAUGGUUCAAUGCACAAUAAGAUUUAUUUUUUUCUGAAUUCGAAAAAUCGCAGCUAAAAUCUCACCGCUGCUGAAAGAAUCGGACACUUGGCCACGCUAACAAACUUACAAUAAUUUUAAAAUCCCCAUUGACAAUAAAUUCACAUAAAUAGUUUGCAGAAAUUAAAUUAACUUAUUAUUAUCUAGCCCAAACAAACAUGCAAUUGCUGAUUUAUUUAGCUUUUUCUAUUAUUGAAUAAUUUUAAUAGAUGACGUGUGCUGUCUAAAAAGUCACUUUUGACGCCAAAAUUCAGAUUGCAAAGAACGCACUGUGCAUGAAGCAAAAUUUUCACGAUUUGAUUAAUUAAGUAAUAUAGUUAGGUCUUUGCGGUUGCUUUUUACGAUGUUCGAAAAGUGGACAAACCAACAAUGCUCGUAUGGGGAGAUGGUUGGCUGGUGCCCGACGUCGGACGAGCUCCUCCAAGCUGCCGAACACAAACUUCUGAAGCACAUAAAAUCCUUGGAAGACGAAGGCGUUUUUGCUGACAUCGGCAGCGUGGUUGGCAACACUGACAACAAAGUGUUGACAUAUCGCGCCAACACCGCCAGCCGCAACACGCCCUUGGUGCUGCUCCACGGCUUCGGCUGUCCCUCCGCCUUCUGGUGUCUCAACGUAGACGCGCUGGCAGAGCAUCGUCCAGUUUACUUCAUGGAUAUGCUCGUUUGGGUGGUGCACCUGAUACUGGAGGACCCCUGGGGCUUCCCCCAGCAGGUGGGCCGCUACAACAACAACUCCGUGGGUGUGAUGACCAUGUGGGUGUUGUCGCACUUUGUGCCCCCACUCUUCCUGCUGCGCUGGCUCGGCCCUCUGGGUCACUGGUACGUUCGUCAAAAACCGCCCUUCGAUUCGACGCAUUACGGCAGAGCGACCGACGACCACGUCAGCGCCGUCCACGACUACUUCUAUCACAGCAACGCCCGCAAUCCGACCGGUGAAGUUGCCUUCCAUUCGCUGAUGCUGGGGGUGGCGUGGGCGCGCUUCCCUCUGGUCAACCGCAUGCACGACUUGCGUGGGGACGUUCCUAUAACGUUCCUGCACGGCCAGCUGUCGUGGGUCUCGAAAAAGACCAGUUUCAAGGUCAAGGACAUCAGAAAAGAUUCCUACGUCGAUAUCAAGAUCAUAGCCGACGCCGGACACGUCAUACACUCCGAUGUCCCCGACGAGUUCAACAAAAUCGUCAAUGACAUUCUCGAAGGUAUCGACAAAGGCAUCAUACCUUCUACGCGUCACUCUCCCAGCGGCGAUUUGCGUCAUAUCAACAACAAUUUAUGCGAUGCCACAGAAAAAAAUACAUAUGAAGCUCGGAAAUCUUUUCCAUGUAAUUUAAAGAAGUCCGAGCAUCUUGUUGACGCUCUGCAAACAACCGCUUCGAGUUGACCAUGUUGAGUUAUUAGAGUCUUUUAGCCUAAUAAUAAUUCAAAUUAGCAAUGAGUACUUUUUAAUGACAGAUUUUAUUAACAGCCAUUUACACAAAUGAAAAGUUUGAUUUACUAUAAGUUUUUUUAAUUUUAAUGUCGAGAGGCAGGGUGGCCCACGUGCUUAA